AUGGCUUCUACGGUAAAUUCGAGCUUGCAAGGUGACGUUCACGAGUAUUUGUUCGGAAUCCAGUUCCGGCAACGGUUCAGGUCGUGGCUGGGCUCGCCUAGCAGCUCGGACGAGCGUCAUGAGUCGCACAAGCACGCUGCAGACGUGAGUUAUGACACUGAGGAGCUCGACACGCUGCUGCGGCUGAACGGGGUCGGCCACAGGCCCUGCGGCCGACGGCCGUGGUCGCCAAUGGCCACGCAAAAGUGCGAUGUCCAGGAUACGUCACGACAGCGUAUAAAGAUGCUACGAGGUCGUACGCGCCGAAGGUUUUCGCAUUUAUACCACAAGCUCAAAAUCUCGUGGCAGGGUGUUGGGUCUGGCGUGGAGGCUGGUGUCAGAGGCAUCGUCGAGGUAGCACCUGAACCUGAGGACAACAAUCCCGUUUUCUUCGCCGAACACUGGGACUCGCCAAGCCCCAUGGGGACCUGGUGUGCGUCGAAAUCUUCUGUGCCAUCCAAGUCGCCUCCAGCAUCAGACAUUUCGUUCAUAUCCACUUCGCUCGACAACAAUGUGGCAGCCGUGCCAUCGCAUUCUGCGACCUUUGUCGACGAUACUUAUAUCGGCACGACUGCAUAUUGUCCUAUUCAGCGGCCCGCGCACUCUACCAAUGUACUCCAAGUUCUCGAAGCUCUUUGUGCGUUCCACGCAGCACCAGACAUCGUCCACAGGCAAUUGUUGGAAUCGUCGGGAAACCCUCGAGGAUACAGUGCGGCUAGAACCCAUAUCGUGUCUGGUUUGUCGUUGCGGUUGCCAUGCGACCCACUUGCCCGCCCUUCAACCCGUCACUUGCGCUGCUCUGCUCGUUCAUUGCCGGAGAAUUCGCUCUAG